GUUGGAGCACUGUCCACGGUGCUGAAAGUCAAGAGUCUUACCCUAAGUGGCGAACAGAGGCAGCUGAGGCGUUCCCGGGUAUAUGUAUAUGCAACUCAAAUCUUGAGAUGACGCGGAAAAGGCUGCAAUCUGUAGCUGUAUGGGGAUUCUUCGCGUGGGAAAUAGCUGUGUUGCUAAGUCUGGUGGCGUCUAAAGAGCCAGAGAGUCCUCGGGGGAGAGCAGUGCAUCCUCCGUCACCCUCCGACUUCUUGGACAAACUCAUGGGGAGAACCUCUGGCUACGAUGCCAGAAUUAGACCCAACUUUAAAGGUCCUCCUGUGAACGUAUCAUGCAACAUAUUCAUCAACAGCUUUGGCUCCAUAGCUGAGACUACAAUGGACUACAGAGUGAACAUCUUCCUCCGUCAAAAGUGGAACGACCCCAGGUUAGCGUACACAGAGUACCCUGACGGUUCUCUGGACCUGGACCCCUCUAUGUUGGACUCUAUCUGGAAACCUGACUUGUUCUUCGCCAACGAGAAAGGGGCCCAUUUCCACGAAGUCACCACAGACAACAAGCUGUUAAGAAUAUUCAAGAACGGCAACGUCCUCUAUUCUAUACGAUUGACAUUAACCCUCUCCUGUCCGAUGGACCUGAAGAACUUCCCCAUGGACGUGCAGACGUGUAUCAUGCAGCUAGAGAGCUUUGGCUACACAAUGAACGACCUGAUCUUUGAGUGGCAGGAGAAUGGACCAGUCCAGGUAGCUGAUGGGUUGACCCUCCCACAGUUCAUAAUGAAGGAUGAGACGGAUCUGAGAUACUGCACCAAGCACUAUAACACAGGGAAGUUCACGUGUAUCGAGGUGCGAUUCCACCUGGAGAGACAGAUGGGCUACUACCUGAUCCAGAUGUACAUCCCCAGCCUCCUCAUCGUCAUCCUCUCCUGGGUCUCCUUCUGGAUCAACAUGGACGCCGCGCCCGCCAGGGUGGCGCUGGGCAUCACCACCGUGCUCACCAUGACCACCCAGAGCUCCGGUUCUAGAACGUCUCUACCUAAGGUGUCCUAUGUGAAGGCCAUCGACAUCUGGAUGGCGGUGUGUCUGCUCUUUGUAUUCUCCGCUCUGCUCGAGUACGCCGCCGUCAACUUUGUCUCCAGGCAACACAAGGAACUCUUAAGACUCCGCCCGCGGAGAACGAAGAAGAAGGACGACGACGUGAGGGAGAGCCGCCUCAGCUUCACCACCACGACCGGCGGUGGCGGCACUACUGUCAAGGACGGCACCAUCCCCAAGGCCGCCAACAACGCCGCCACCACCCCGGGCAACACGGGGCCACAGCCCGCCCAGCAGCCCAAGAAGGACCCGGCCGCCAAGAGCCACGAAGAGAUGAGAAAGCUGUUCAUCGACCGCGCCAAGAAGAUCGACACGGUAUCGCGGGCGGGAUUCCCCCUGGCCUUCCUGUUUUUUAACAUUUUCUACUGGGUCCUGUACAAGAUUCUCCGGGCUGAGGAUGUGCACAAGGACUAGUACAGAACACUGCAGUACAGUAGGGUACAGUACAGUACAGUAGGGUACAUUACAGUACAGUACA